ACUAGUCACCUGUAGAUUUGAGUCGUUGCUUAUCUGCGGGAGAGCUUCAGCACCUUAACAGCUGAACAGCGGCCACUGCCCGGGGAAAGAGGCACCAGUCAGUGGCAAUGGAAGAAUUUUUCCCGUACGGGAGCUUUUCUGUGGACAAUAAUGGGUCUGAGACUGACAGCCAGGUCUCCCCAGACCACACAUUCGGCAAUGUGUCUUUCUCAGAGCGCAGCAUAGUAGCAGAGUCACCUCGUUACAACAGGCAAAUGCGCAUAAUAACAAUGACCAUCAUCUUUGCGGUGGCGCUUGUGGGUAACUCUGUGGUCCUGUAUAAGAUCUGCAGCGGGAAGGAUAAGAAGCGGAAGAUUAACUUCCUGAUCGCCCAACUGGCCCUGGCCGACCUCUGUGUCUCCGUUCUGACCCUGCUGUCACAGAUCGUGUGGGAGCUCCUGGAGGAUGAGUGGCUGGCUGGAGAUGUGUCCUGUCGGAUCUUUAAAGUCUUUCAGGUCUCUGGACUCAUUGCAUCGUCCAAUAUAAUCGCCAUAAUUGCCCUGGAGAGACAUCAUGUCAUUAUGAACCCCUUAAGCUCUCCUCUGCCCACUAGAUGCUUUGCAGGUCUAGGCUGGCUGCUAGCUUUCCUUCUCUCGGUCCCACAAGGUUUUGUCUUCAAAGCAGUUUCCACAGAAGAGGGGAGAAGGUGUUGGAAUGUGUUUGGGCAGCUGCCCAGAUGGCAUGUCCAGGUCUAUAUCAUCUAUAGCUCUGUCACGGUAUUCUUCUUACCUUUCUGCAUCUUAACUGUAGCCUACAGUCGUAUCCUCUGGAUUGUCUGGGGAAAGGCUAAGAGCUCGAAAGCAGAGAAACAACCCAACGGAGCAUGCGAGCUCCAGGCAAGCAAGAAAACUUUGAAACUGGUGGCCACCAACAGCUGCAUCCCCCGGGCAAAGGUAAAGACACUUAAAAUGACCCUAGUUAUCAUCAUCCUGUUCGUUGUGUGCGGACUGCCUUACUUCGUUGUGGAGAUGAAAAUAGCAUUUGGCACCAUCACUGGGUUGGAUAAGGAGGUCAUGGCUGUGCUGGGAAUAUUUGUGGUGACCAACAGUGCAGUGAACCCCUAUGUCUACAUCUUCUUCAAAACUAACAAUGUAUUUCUCAGGAGGCUGGAGAAGAAGAUGUGUUUCUGCUGCUGCCUACAUGAGCGCAGAAAGCCCACCUUCCGCAUGCAGCUCUUCCCAUCCUCCACACCAACGCAUAAGCAUGAGCUGUCCAGCACCACCACGUCUGAAGUGGAGGAAUGCUCCGUCUUACACCGAUCACUCUUCCUACAGGCGGUGGCGCCCGGUGACAAGAGGCUGGGCGCCCAAUGUGAGAGCUGUAUGUAAUGGAUGGGACAUCCUGGCAGCUAUGCCACUUACAAAAACAUAUGCCCAGUGCGAGCACCAACACGUCGCCGUCAGUACAGUGAUCCGUGAUAUCGUAAUAUGCUAAGCAUUACUUACCUGUAACAGGGGGGCCGUCAUUCUAACCUGUAGAACGUUACCUAGGACUCCGAAGCUGGCACAGUUUGUCUGACUGAUUGGAGUAGGUUAGCAUUACUGCCCAAAUAAUGCAGCCAGAAAAGACAGCAAACAAUACGAGGCUAAAUAACUUCCUAGUAAUGUAUUUACCAUAGAGUGUACACAUCAUGUAUACUGUAUGUAGUACAUAACAUAAUGGUACAAGCUGCAUCUCCCCUCGGGUGGUGGUGGUGGGUUUACAGGUUAGAGGGUGCUAAACUGAAGCUGUGCCUAGGGUGCAGAGAGACCUUGCACGUCAUCCAUCACUUGUGCAAUACUAUUUUGGUGUCACCCCCUUGGAUGGUGUCACCCAGUGCUGUCUGCGCCCCUCUAGUGAUGCCACUGGCUGACAUAUUAAAGCACAUCAAAAACAGGUGUGGGUUUUUGUUGUUGUUUUUUUUUUAACAUAAGUCACUGUAGCAGACUAUAAGAAUGUAAUUAUUUUCCAUUUUGUCUUCAGGCUGCUAUUAAUGAUUUAUGCUACUGUAAUACCAUGGAAACCACAGUCACAUGGCCUCCGCCACCUCCCUCUGUCACAUGUAUGGUCAAGCACAAGAAGACUGGUCCUAAAGGUGUCCAAAAGACAUGCUUAAAGCUUUUCGAUGUGAUGGGGUGGAAACAGAUGCCAUUAUGAGAGCAACCGUAUCGCCCCUUCAGACAUGGGCUGGCAGCAUCAGUUGCACACAGUCCUGUAAAAUGAUAUAGUGAACAGAGGGUCCAUGUCAUACUGAGAGCUGUGAGCCUUUACAGACUGACUGUGUUUGGUAGCCCCUCAUACACAGAUUUAUCAAGCCUUGGAGAGUGAUAAAUUGCACGGUGAUAAAGUAUCAGACAGUCAGCUCCCAACUGUCAUUUUUGCAAACACAGCCUGUAAUAUGGCAGGUAGGAGCUGAUUGGUGAGUACUUUAUCACCAUGCUAUUUUUCACUCUCUAAGGCUUGAUAAAUCUUUUGAUAAGAAGAUAAUGUCUUUCAAAAAAACAUCUUACAAAACGCUUAAAAGUACUUUGCUAUCUAAAGAAAAUAAUUCUGGCUGGUAUGGCUGCUGUAGUGUUUUGCACAAUAGUGCUUAUAAUCCCCAAACCUUACAUUUAGUCAGUGAUAUUUCCUGUAGUUCUGUAAGUGCAGUUCACCUGCCAGGCUGUUACGCUCUCUGUAUAUCAAAAGGGAUCCAGCACAUUACUCUUAAUCAAAAGCAUUGACUUAACACAGAAAGGUAUCUGUCCUGUUAUAAAGUGCUUGCCUUUAAACAUGGAAUUGCCUAGUUUGUAAAUGUAGAAAUUGUUACCUUGUGUGCUUUAUUUAUUGUUAUGAUUUGUGUACACGCUAUUUUCAUGGAUUAUGCACAGUAUAUAUAGAUGUAUCAACCUAAGGCCAAGCAAUGUAAUAUUUCACUACAAAUCUAGUUAUUACCUGCUGAAUGCAAUAUGUUUGUUUGAAAACAGGUAACACUGUUUCUAAGCUAUUUAAAUGAUAUGCUGUUGUUAUACACUAUUGCUAUAUCAUACUGUGAAAUUUAAACAUUAAUACAGUAUGUGGUAGUCAGUUAGCUUCUGACCCUGCAGUCUUAUAACUUAUAAUCAGUAGUGUAAGUCCCAGAGACAACGGAGACAUUUGCCACCAGGAUCCAGCUGUCAGAAGGGCCCUAAGAAAGAAAGAGAGGGGGCUUCUGAACCAGAAAAGAUCUCUCUCUACUCAUUUCAUAGUGACUUGCUGCAGUCAGUGCUGACUGCUGUCCAAGCUCAGAAACCUCCUUCGAAGACCCCUUCAGUUGAAGAGUAUGGAAUGUGUCUGAUAACACAUAAAAGUGUGUACAAUAAGCUACAGCUCUGUGUCUUAUAUGAGUAUAGGAAGGAAAGCAGAAGUUACUUUUAAAGGGAGGUGGGGGUAUUACUCAGAGCUUGGAGAGGGAUACAAUUGUGAGAGAUAAAGUACCAGCCAAUCCGCUCCUGUAAUUUUUCAAACACAGCCUGCAAAAUGUAAGGCAGAAGCUGAUUGCCGGUUACGUUAUCUCUCACAAUGUUUUAUCUCUCCGAGCUGUGAUAAAAACCCUCCUAAAGGGGGGUACUGACGGAGCAAUCACUGCUUAAAAUCCAAGCAAUCUGACUAGAUUGCUUAGAUUUUAAGCAGCGAUCACUCCGUGUGUACCCCUCACAGCGAUAGCGCAUCGCUAUCGCUGGUGCUAGAUUGGCCUGCAUGCAGGCCAAUCUAGCAGGUCGCUCACAUCACCUGCUAGGUGAAAUGAGCGCCCCCCCGUUUCCCCCCACAUGCUCAGCACACAUCGCGCUGUGCUGAGCGGGGGGAGAGAUGUGUGCUGAGCGAACCGCUCUCCCCAAAUCGGCCCAUGAAUACGGCCCUUAAGGGCUCUAUUUAUUAUUAUUAUUUGCAGCCAGCACCUGUAAAUAAAGAUUCCUUAUCACCACAGUUAGCUGCAAUAAGGAAUCUUUAUUGUCCCAGAUGUACCACUGGCAAGUCACUGGGAUGUCAGCACAUGUGCAACCUGGAACUACUGGGGGGCACCACCUUCUAUUUCGCCUCCAAGCGCCUGGCAUGAGCUUGUGCCCCUGCUUAUACUGUUAGCCUCUGAUCCUGCUCUCUUAUUUCUUAUGCUGUUAGCCUCUGAUCCUGCUCUCUUAUUACUUACACUGUUAGCCUCUGAUCCUGCUCUUAUUACUUACACCGUUAGUCUCUGAUCCUGCUCUCUUAUUACUUACACCGUUAGUCUCUGACCCUGCUCUCUUGUUUCUCAUGCUGUUAUACACUGAUUCUUUUCUCUUAUUACUUACACCAUUAGCCUCUGAUCCUGCUCUCCUAUUACUUACACCGUUAGCCUCCGAUCCUGCUCUCCUAUUACUUACACCGUUAGCCUCCGAUCCUGCUCUCCUAUUACUUACACCGUUAGCCUCCGAACCUGCUCUCCUAUUACUUACAUCGUUAGCCUCCGAUCCUGCUCUCCUAUUACUUACACCGUUAGCCUCUGAUCCUGCUCUCUUAUUACUUACACCGUUAGCCUCUGAUCCUGCUCUUUUAUUACUUAUACUGUUAGGGGGACAUGUACUAAGCAGUGAUAAAAGUGUAGAAGUGAGCCAGUGGAGAAGUUGCCCAAGGCAACCAAUCAGCAUUGAUGUAACAUUUCUAAUUUGCAUACUUUAAAAGUAUACAGAGCAGCUGAUUGGUUGCCAUGGGCAACUUCUCCACUGGCUCCCUUCUCCACUUUUAUCAUUGCUUAGUACAUGUCCCCCUAAGUCUCUGAUCCUACUCUUUUAUUACUUACACUGUUAGUCUCUGAUCCUGCUCUCCAAUUACUUACACGUACACCGUUAGCCACUGAUCCUGCUCUCUUAUUACUUACACUGUUAGCCUCUGAUCCUGCUCUCUUAUUUCUUAUGCUGUUAGCCUUUGAUCCUGCUCUCUUAUAACUUAUACUGAUAGCCACUGAAUAUGCUCUCCUAUUAUUUUUAAAUCAGACUCAUUCUAUUCUUCAUCUUACUGUAUUAUCAUCUUGGAAAGCUGUUUGUUGCCACAAUUUAAUUGUAACCAUAU